AUGCUUCGCCGCAAAAGGGGAGGAUUAACAACCUCCAAAAAAAUGGCAAAAAAAACUCAACCAGCUGCUCUGCAAACAGAAGUUUCUACAGACGAAGAGUGGGCGAAAAUUUUGGAAAGAAAUGGUUUAGUCGUUGCAGAUAUUUAUUCAGACUGGAGCGGACCUUGCACGGCCAUGGUCAGCAUUUUGAAAAAAGUAAAAAUGGAAGUAGGAGGAGACACACUCAGUUAUGUUACGGCAAAGUGUGACAACAUCACUUCCUUGGAACGCUUCAGAGGUAAAAGUGAACCAACUUGGAUGUUUAUUCAUAAUGGAAAAAUGGUUAAUCUCAUUUUCGGUGCAAAUUGUCCGGUACUUUUGAGAGUUCUCAAUCAAGAAUUAGACAGAGUUCAGAAAGGACAACCACAUGAGUUCAACAUUCCUGUCUGUCAAACAAGUCCAGAGGAGGAAAAGAGAAUGAGAAUACUAGAAGAAGCUAGACUAGCAAAGGAGGUAGCGAAAAAAACAAAGAGAGAGGUGGAAGCAAAGGCUAAAUAUGAGGAUGAAAUGCAUCAUAUUAUUACUUCUUUGGCUGCAGAAACUUGUCUUUUAUUAUACCCGUGGGUUUUCAAAGAUGAAGAUGGGCACAGACGUGAUAAAAAAUCUAGCCCCCCUUACGUGGAGCUUGUUGAAGAUAUACUUCCCGAAAAUUAUAAUAUUGAACAAGAAUUUAGGAAAAAAGUAGAAGAAAAUAUGUUGCCCGAAAUGUUUAACGAGUCCGGCUAUGAAGUAUCAAAAGAAGAAAAAGAAUUACUAUUGGAAGGAAAAUGUCUUUUUAUGCGUCUCAAAAUAAACCAGAAGAAAUCCGAAAUGGACGUCGAAAAGUAUCUUCUAAAUCUUUUGUUUGGAAAUCCCCAACUCCCGAAUUCAGAACACCCUCUCGUUGAAGGAUCCUAUGCAGAAAGACACCGUCCAGCUUUAAUCGCCAGCGACAAAGAGAACUACAAAUUUCCUGUAGUUUGGGCACCCCCGAAUUCCAGAAAUAAAGCUUUAUUUUACAAAACAAUAUUUCGCAAAUAUUUAGACUCUACAUACCCUUACGAAGAUAAAGCCUAUAAGGUUCCUAUUAUUGUUUUUAAAUACGACAGUACUAGAAAGAACGAGUUAAAAGUAGUUUUGGAAAUGUACAGUACAGAGGUCGUACAUUUUGGAAUAUUUGAACGGGAUAAACCACCAGAAGCAAAGUUGAUUGCUUCAUCUAUAGAGGAAUUCGAAUCUAACGAUACAGAAAGAACUGGCUAUGAAGCUUUCGUAUGCGCCGUAAAAAAAGUAGGUUCCGAAGCUUUUUUGACUUUCGCUGGCAUCGGUCCUUAUCACGUAAGCGAAAAUCCAGAAAAAGCAAUUGAAGAAUCAAAAUUAUACUUUCCGACUGUCACUCUAACAGACGAUCCGCCAUCUGACGAUGAGGAAAAAAUAGAAGAACUAGGCGCAAUUCCAGAAGAAGGGAACGCCGAAUCAGUAUGUAUCAGUCUCUCAAACAUUCAAAUGAAUUCUUCGUUAAAUCACUCAUUCAAUAUAUUAAUCAGAAUAAAUAUUCUUUUUUGCUCUCACUCAAGAAUACCGACGGCGGAUAAGUCAAUAAUCGUUUUAAAGUAUACUUAA